GCAAAAAGACAAGAGACGGACAUUUACCUGGACAUGGAUCAACUGCUGGUGAUGUUGCUCCUGCUACUGCUCUGGGGCUCAGAGCAGCAGGCUGAAGGAGACAACAGCCCAGCAGGAGCUUCAUGUGAAACAACAAAAGCUGACAUUGUGAUGUUGGUUGACGAGUCUGGAAGUAUUCACCCUAAAGACUUUCUACAUAUGAAAUUAUUUAUAUCUGAACUAGUUCAAAAUGUCCACAUUGGGCCCAUCAAUUUCCAGAUUGGUCUGACUAAGUACAGUGAAGAAGCAACAACUGAGUGGAAUUUGAACACACACAGAACCAAAGAGUCCCUGCUGAAGGCUAUUAACAAAAUACAACAGAACGGUGGAGGCACAAACACAGGAAAAGCCCUGGAACACAUUCUGCAUCACAGCUUCAAACCCGCAGCGGGGAUGCGUGCCGACUCUAAAAAAGUGGCAAUUCUGAUCACUGAUGGACAAUCUCAGGAUAAUGUGACGUCUGCUGCCAAAAACCUGAAGGACACUGGGAUAGAGAUAUACGUUAUUGGUGUGGGCCAAGACGUUGAUGACAGUGAAAUGAGGGACAUUGCUUCUGGAGAUGUCGGAACAUGUGUGUACACCGCUUCAGAUUUUAGAUCCCUCCACAGCAUUAUAAACAGCCUGACCCACAGCCUGUGUGGCAGCGCUCCCAGCACAGGUAGGCAUCAUCUGCAUACACUUAGCAACAGGUGGAUAUUUGAAGCUGGACAUGGACUUUAA